AUGUUUCAUGUUUCUUUUUUCUUUCUUCUCUCUCUUCAUCUCGUUCUAUCUCUUUCUACGUGUGUUUCUUUUUCUUUCAUCUUUCUUCAACUCGUUCUAACUCUUUCAACGUGCGUGUUUCUUUUUUCUUUCCUCUCUCUCUCUUCACCUCGUUCUAUCUCUUUCGACGUGUGUUUCUUUUUCUUUCAUCUUUCUUCAACUCGUUCUAACUCUUUCAACGUGCGUGUCUCUUUUUUCUUUCCUCUCUCUCUCUCUCUUCACCUCGUUCUAUCUCUUUCGACGUGUGUUUCUUUUUCUUUCAUCUUUCUUCAACUCGUUCUAACUCUUUCAACGUGCGUGUUUCUUUUUUCUUUCCUCUCUCUCUCUUCACCUCGUUCUAUCUCUUUCGACAUGUGUUUCUUUUUCUUUCAUCUUUCUUCAACUCGUUCUAACUCUUUCAACGUGCGUGUUUCUUUUUUCUUUCCUCUCUCUCUCUCUUCACCUCGUUCUAUCUCUUUCGACAUGUGUUUCUUUUUCUUUCAUCUUUCUUCAACUCGUUCUAACUCUUUCAACGUGCGUGUUUCUUUUUUCUUUCCUCUCUCUCUCUUCACCUCGUUCUAUCUCUUUCGACGUGUGUUUCUUUUUCUUUCAUCUUUCUUCAACUCGUUCUAUCUCUUUCUACGUGCGUGUUUCUUUUUUCUUUCCUCUAUUUUCAUCUCUUUCUCUCUAUCUCUUUCUACGUACGUGUUUCUUUUUUUUCCUCUCUCUUUGUCUCAUUCUGAGCAAACAGAAACUAGUCCCUAUGGCACUCUAAACGUUCGGGUUUUCUACAAAUAUGACAUCCAAACUUUAUUAGUCGAAGUGAUCAGUGCCAAGGACCUAAUCCCACUCGACGCUAACGGUUUUAGCGAUCCGUUUGUUCUUAUCCAUUUAAGUCCGGAGCACAUCUUUCCAAACAUCACUGUACAGAAAACACAGAUUAUCAAGAAAACGUUGAAUCCCAUCUUUGAUGAACUGUUUGAAUUUCCCGUUAGUCCGGAACAGUGUAAACACAGAGGUGCUGCUAUUCAAUUCGUUGUUAUGGACCAUGACUUCAUGUUUCAAAAUGACAUCGGUGGGGAAGCCUAUUUGCCACUGAGUGAGAUACCCGGCGUCAGUGGGGGAGAAGUGACCGGCUUCGAAGCCCUGAACAUACUUUCCAUGCCGCUUUUACAUCCACGCCAUAAAGAAAGAGGUACAUUUAAUGUGCUGAAAGGGAGAACAUGGGACAAAGAAGCCCAAGAUUUUGUGAAGAAACGCCUCAAAAUGGAAGAACAAGCUUCAUGA